ACCCGCGGGGCGGGGAGGGGAUAAAGGGGGCUGCGGGGCGGGAGCCAGGCGCUCACACGCGUCCCCUCUCCGCCCUCCCGGCAGCAUGUCACCUGCGGCCCCGCGCCACCUGCUGCUGCCGCUGCUGCUCUGCCUGCUGGGCGGCCGCCGGCUGCGCGGGGAGCCCGGGCAAGGCGCGGGCACCUGGGCUCGCUUCGCCCGCCGGCCCUACCCGGAGGACGAGCUCUUCCUCUACGACGCCUUCCCCGCGGGCUUCCUGUGGGGGGCGGGCAGCGCCGCGUACCAGGCCGAGGGGGGCUGGCGCCAGGGCGGCAAAGGCGCCUCGGUGUGGGACACCUUCGCGCACCGGGCGGCGCCGCCCGGCGCCCACCAGCCCCCGGCGCCCGCCGGCGGGGACGUGGCCAGCGACAGCUACAACAACCUCUUCCGCGACGCGGAGGGGCUGCGGCGCCUGGGCGUCUCCCACUACCGCUUCUCGCUGGCCUGGGCGCGCCUGCUGCCCAACGGCACCGCGCCGCCCAGCCCCGCCGGCCUGGCGCACUACGGCCGCCUGCUGGCCCGCCUGCGCCAGCGGGGCGUGGAGCCCGUGGUGACCCUCUACCACUGGGACCUGCCGCAGCGCCUGCAGGACGCCUACGGGGGCUGGGCCAGCCCGGCCCUGGCCGAGCUGUUCCGGGACUACGCCGAGCUCUGCUUCAGGCACUUCGGCGGCCAGGUGCGCUACUGGCUCACCAUCGACAACCCCUACGUGGUGGCCUGGCACGGCUACGCCACCGGCAGGCUGCCCCCGGGCGUCAAGGGCGGCCCGCCGCUGGGCUACAGGGCGGCGCACAACCUCCUGCAGGCCCACGCCAAAGUCUGGCAUCUCUACAAUGAUCAUUUUCGUCCAACUCAAGGAGGACAAGUGUCCAUUGCCCUCAGCUCCCACUGGAUAAAACCUCAAGCUAUGACUGAACAAGACAUACAAGAAUGUCAAAAAUCCCUUGACUUUGUGCUGGGCUGGUUUGCUAAACCCAUAUUUAUUGAUGGUGAUUACCCUCAGAGCAUGAAAAAUAACCUCUCAUCUCUGCUGCCUGAAUUCAGUGACGCAGAGAAGAAGUACAUCAAGGGAACAGCUGACUUUUUUGCUCUUUCUUUUGGAGCAACACUGAGUUUCCAGCUCUUGGAUUCUCAGAUGAAGUUCCAUCAGUUGGAAUCACUAAGCCUGAGGCAGCUCCUUUAUUGGAUAAGCCGUGAAUAUAACAAGCCCAAAAUAUUCAUUGUGGAGAACAGCUGGUUUGUCUCUGGUAGCACCAAGCGAGAUGAUGCCAAAUAUAUUUAUUAUCUCAAGAAGUUCAUUAUGGAAACUUUAAAAGCCAUCAGAUAUGAUGAAGUUGAUGUCUUUGGGUACACCGUUUGGUCCCUCAUGGAUGGCUUUGAAUGGCAUAGAGGAUACAGCAUUAGACGUGGAUUAUUUUAUGUUGAUUUUCAAAGCCAUGACAAGAAGUUUUUGCCAAAGUCUUCAGCUUUGUUCUACCAAAAGCUAAUAGAGAAAAAUGGUUUCCCGCCUUUGCCUGAGAAUCAACCCAUAGAUGGGAAAUUUCCCUGCGACUUUGCUUGGGGAAUUGUUGAUAACUACAUUCAGGUAGACACAACCCCCGCCCAAUUCCUUGACACUAAUAUAUAUGUGUGGGAUGUUCACCACACGAAGAAGCUUAUUAAAGUUGAUGGAGUUGUUACCCCAAAACGUAAGCGUCACUGUGUUGACUUUGCUGCCAUCAGACUCCAGAUCUCAUUGCUGCAGGAAAUGCAUGUCACACAUUUUCAUUUUUCACUGAAAUGGUCUUUGAUUCUCCCUUUGGGUAACCUGUCUCAAAUCAACCACACAUUCCUGCACUAUUAUCAGUGUUUUGUUAGUGAACUUCUCAGAGUUAAUAUAACUCCUGUUGUAGCUUUAUGGCAACCUAUGGCUGAGAACCAAGGGCUUCCGGUUGUGCUAGCCAAAUAUGGAGCCUGGGAGAACCCAGAGACAGUUCAAGCCUUUGUUGAAUAUGCCAAGCUGUGCUUCAAAACUCUUGGCCACCAUGUCAAAUUUUGGAUUACAAUGAAUGAACCCUAUGUGAGGAACCUGACAUACUCUGCAGGGCAUAAUCUGUUGAAAGCCCAUGCUAAAGCCUGGCACCUGUAUGACAAAGAAUUUAGAAGAUUUCAGAAAGGUAAAAUAUCUAUAGCUCUGCAAGCUGAUUGGGUAGAGCCAGCCUGUCCUUUUUCCAAAAAUGACCAAGAAGUUGCUGAUAGAGUUCUAGAAUUUGACAUUGGCUGGCUUGCUGAGCCCAUCUUCGGGAAUGGUGACUAUCCACAUGUGAUGAGAGAAUGGCUUCACCAAAGAAACAGCAUUGAUUUAUACAAUUUUCACUUGCCUUAUUUCUCUGAAGAAGAAAAGAAAUUAAUCCAAGGCUCAUUUGAUUUUUUUGCCUUAAGUCAUUACACUACUGUUCUUGUGGACUGGGAAAAAGAAGAUGCACUGAAGUAUGAUCACUAUCUUCAAGUUCAAAUGAUAAAAGACAUCACAUGGCUGAACUCCCCAAGCAGAGCCGCAGUGGUGCCCUGGGGAUUGCGCAAAAUGCUCAAGUGGGUUAAAUCCAAGUAUGGGGAUGUCCCAGUUUAUAUUAUAGCCAAUGGAAUUGAUGAUGAUCAGAAUAUGGUUCAAGAUAAACUGAGAGUAUAUUACAUACAAAAUUAUAUCAAUGAAGCUUUAAAAGCAUACACCCUGGAUAAUGUCAAUCUACGGGGAUAUUUUGUCUAUUCUUUCAAUGACAGGACUGCUCCCAAAUAUGGCCUCUAUCGUUACAUUGCUAAUCAGUAUGAGCCGAAGCCUUCCAUGAAACAUUACAGAGAGAUAAUUGACAAUAAUGGUUUUCCCAGUUCAGAAACUCCUGAUAGACUGUGUCCAGAAAUGCCUGUCUUGUGCCCUGAAUGCAACUUUUUCCAAACCAGAAAAUCUUUAUUAGCUUUUAUAUCUUUUAUAUUUUUUGCUUUUAUUGUUACUGUAUUCUUCAUUAUUUACUACUCUAGGAGGAUUGAAAGAAGGUAUAAAUAGUGCUGCCCCUUCGCAUACAGCACUCGCUACUCCUCCGUCUGCAUUCCCUUGGGAAUUCUGAAAUAAUGGCACACAAGGUUGUAAUCACUUCAAUACUAGGGAACCAUUUGCACUGUGUAAUACUGUGAAGCACUGAAGCUGAAAAUGGAUUGUGAACAUAGGGCCCUGAAAUCCUUCUCUGUGUUUUCAUACCUUUGGUUUAUGACAGAUCCUUGAUUGUUGUCAUCAAAUUUAUCUCAGGACUUUGAUUGAGGCCCUUUAUUUGGGUAGGUUUUUUUCCACUUUGGGGGGGAGAGUUAGCUCAGUGGUUUGAGCAUUGGCCUGCUAAACCCAGGGUUGUGAGUUCAAUCCUUGAGGGGGCUAUUUAGGGAUCUGGGGCAAAAAUUGGGGUUUGGUCCUGCUUUGAGCAGGGGGUUGGAUUAGAUGACCUCCUGAGGUCCCUUCCAACCUGAGAUUCUAUGAUUCUAAGGGUAUUUUUAAAAAAGGCCUACAAUUAGCCUGAUGAUGGAGACACAAACAAAGGUGUUAACUUAGAUGUAAAUUGGUUUUGGUUUUAUUUUAAGACCUAGAGUAGUGGAAAAAUACAGAUGUGGAGUUCUCAGGGUGAAAGAUUGAUAGGAAACAAAAGAAACCAUCUCCCCAAACCAGGUGUUAUGGCACCUGAUACAAAACAAACACAUAAUUUAAAUGAUCAGGAAAGUAGAGACUCAACAACUAUUUGUAUCAAAAGGGAAAGGAGAGUCUUCUUGCUAAAGCAGAGGACAGGGAGUGAAGAGAUUGGGAUUUUUCCCCCUGCUGUGCUGGUGACUUUGGGUAAAUCACUUAACUGCAAAGGAGGCUGCUGAUCCCACACUCCCUUCCUGCUCUGUCUCCAUUGGUGCUGUCACCUUGCCAGUCUACUGCCCUGGCUCCAAGCUGUGGAGCAUGAUCCAGCUCCGCCUUGCUGUGUCUAACCUGAAGAAUCCAACGGGAAACAGCAGCAAGGGGAAUUGACUCAUGUUUGAAGGGCAGUAAAGGUGGUUCCUGGCAAGGGGAUAGGCAGUGUUUAAUUUAUGCCAGGGCUGAGCCUCAGCACCUCUAGGUGUGGCAGUUCAUAGCCCCGCCAGCUCUGGGCUUGCUGCAUCAGUUAUGAAAGUAAAAAAAAUUGCUUGAACCCUGGCACCUAAUUGCUUGAGCCCCGGUACCUCUUCCCUUACAAAUUAAGCACUGGGGGUAGGGUUCAUGCCUUGGAGAUAAGGGAGAGUUAAAGACAAUUAAAGGUUCUUUUGUUUGGUGAAGGGGGAGAGUAGUAACGGUGAAGGCUAUGGGAUGCUCCCAGUUGACAAAGGGAGAACUGCACUUACCUUUGCUGUGGUUGAUAACAGGAAAAUGUAUGUCUUUUGGGGGUGCAGGGGGCAAAUGCAGCAUGUUCCCAUACCACCACCUAGUAACCAGAACCUUUUCCUCCUACUUGUGCACCUUCCCCCAACGUUAAAAAACAAAACUGGCAAUUAACCAUUUCCCAGGUUCCCAUUGGUUAGCAAACUGUGGAAUGAUUUGAGGAAGGGCUUUGUUUGAGACUGAAUUAUGUUGGGUCUGGAGGCUUUAAGCCUUUAAAUUUCACACCUCUACCCUGGCAACCUGCUGCCUUGUUUGCCAAGGAUUUAAGUCUUGCAUCCCUUGCUUUUGAAGCUCACUUAUCUAUUCUCCAAGAGCUUGACCCAACUCCCAUUGGAGUCUUUUCCAUGGAUUGUAAUGGGAAUUGGAUCAGGCGUUGAUCGCACUCAGAUCCAGAAAUGAGCGACUUUCUCUUCUCUUUCAAUGGAAUAAAUUAGCACACACACACACACACAAAAAGCAACAUUGUUUCUUAAUAGAAUCAUAGAAAUUAGAGACUGGAAAAGCCCUAAGGUAAUUUUGCCUAUCUGACUUAUGAAUCAGUAUAUUAGGAGCCCACUGUGCAUAAUGCAGAACAGUGAUUGUUUUCUCUAUCUCCGUGUUUGCAUUGUCAUCAGAUGCGUUUAUGCUUCUAUUUCUAUUUUGCCACAUGAGUUAUGUUCAUCACUGGAGAGUAUUUUUUAAUCUAAUAUGCUCUGUGUCAAUUAUAAGUAGUUUAUCCAGCAGAAGCUGAUGUUGCUGUAUUGAAUGUGAAUGUUUAUCUACUGUAAAUUGAAAUUUAUAUGUGAAACAUGCCUACUUUCAUUUGCAAACUAGAUUACAUUUCUUUCUUAUUUAGGUUAUGUACAGAAAUAGAAAAUAGUUAUUGUUCAAUCAAAGUGAUUAAUAUGUUUGUAUUUUAGUUUCAGACUUACAAUAGUCUCCAUUUGCACUAAUAUAUAUAUAUAUUUUGCUAUGAGGAUUCAAGUGACAAAUUCUGGGUAGGUGAUAAAGUAUAGAAAAUGUAUAUUAGCCUCGAAAAGUUUGCUGAAGGAGAAUAUAUUUUAAAAUUUUACUGUGUGUUGUUUCUACGUUUACCUGCUGCCAUAUGGCGCUGCAUGGACUGCAAUACAAAGAGAUGGUUCUUGCUGAAUAUAUGGAGAGCUAUAUAGAUUUCUCCAUGUCAUUGUAAAGAGUCACCUAUUUACAUAUUUAACAUAUAGCUUAUUUCAUGGUGUCAGGUGGAAAACUCAGCUGAUGGUGAGAAGGACAAUAUUUAAUAUAUACAUGGCCAAAUAUAUCUAUGUGCUAGUUUUCCUUUCUAUAACUAUGCUAGAAUAAUAAAUACUGGGCCUGAUUUUUAGAGUCAGUGAGCAUGUGCAGCUCUCACUGACUGCAUUGUGUGUGUGCGUAUGCUGAGUACCUCUGAAAAUCCUAACCCAAAACAAGUAUUUUAUAUUCUUACUCUCUUCCCCACUGGGUGGCUGUUUAAAAUGUGUAUUUAUCAUGCAGCUAUUUCACUACCUAGGAAUGAUCAAUGUGUUACUAUCUUGAGCUAGUCAUUUGUGAAGCCACAUUUUGAAAUGUUGGGGGCAGUGGGAGGCCAGAAGUGAGAAGGCAUGAAAGCUGCAUUCACAUUGAGGGGAAAUAAACAGAGUCACAAAAAGAUGGCAGGGGACAUGUCUGUUUCCCUUAUCUGAGUCAGUGAUUGCACCAAUGGUGCAAUAACUGCACCAACGUGUAAUAACACCUGCACCAUAAAAAAAACCAACCUAAUUCCUAAACUGCAUUUAUACAGAGCAAGACAUUUAGGAUGGACUAGACAUAGUAAGAAUGUAUAAAGUCUUCUCACAAGUAGUGAUAGGAUAAAUGUGUUUGGUGUAGACUGGACUAAGUCCAGCUUACAAGAAGUGGAAGAUUGGACAAAUGACCAAGGAUGAGUAUAAAAAUAUUGAUCGGGCAUGCAGGAGUGACAUCAGGAAGGCCAAAUCACACCUGGAGUUGCAGCUAGCAAGAGAUGUUAAGAGUAACAAGAAGGGUUUCUUCAGAUAUGUUAGCAACAAGAAGAAAGUCAAGGAAAGUGUGGGCCCCUUACUGAAUGAGGGAGGCAACCUAGUGACAGAGGAUGUGGAAAAAGCUAAUGUACUCAAUGCUUUUUUUUUUUUGCCUCUGUCUUCACGAACAAGGUCAGCUCCCAGAUUACUGCACUGGGCAGCACAGCAUGGGGAGGAGGUGACCAGCCCUCUGUGGAGAAAGAAGUGGUUCGGGACUAUUUAGAAAAGCUGGACGUGCACAAGUCCAUGGGGCCGGAUCCGUUGCAUCCGAGAAUACUAAAGGAGUUGGCGGAUGUGAUUGCAGAGCCAUUGGCCAUUAUCUUUGAAAACUCAUGGCGAUCGGGGGAAGUCCCAGACGACUGGAAAAAGGCUAAUGUAGUGCCCAUCUUUAAAAAAGGGAAGAAGGAGGAUCCGGGGAACUACAGGCCAGUCAGCCUCACCUCAGUCCCUGGAAAAAUCAUGGAGCAGGUCCUCAAGGAAUCAAUUCUUAAGCACUUAGAGGAGAAGAAAGUGAUCAGGAACAGUCAGCAUGGAUUAACCAAGGGCAAGGCAUGCCUGACUAAUCUAAUUGCCUUCUAUGACGAGAUAACUGGUUCUGUGGAUGAAGGGAAAGCAGUGGACGUGUUGUUCCUUGACUUUAGCAAAGCUUUUGACACUGUCUCCCACAGUAUUCUUGCCAGCAAGUUAAAGAAGUAUGGGCUGGAUGAAUGGACUAUAAGGUGGAUAGAAAGCUGGCUAGAUUGUCGGGCUCAACGGGUAGUGAUCAAUGGCUCCAUGUCUAGUUGGCAGCCGGUAUCAAGUGGAGUGCCCCAAGGGUCGGUCCUGGGGCUGGUUUUGUUCAAUAUCUUCAUAAAUGAUCUGGAGGAUGGCGUGGAUUGCACCCUCAACAAGUUUGCAGAUGACACUAAACUGGGAGGAGUGGUAGAUACGCUGGAGGGUAGGGAUAGGAUACAGAGGGCCCUAGACAAAUUGGAGGAUUGGGCCAAAAGAAAUCUGAUGAGGUUCAACAAGGACAAGUGCAGAGUCCUGCACUUAGGACGGAAGAAUCCAAUGCACCGCUACAGACUAGGGAUCGAAUGGCUCAGCAGCAGUUCUGCAGAAAAGGACCUAGGGGUUACAGUGGAUGAGAAGCUGGAUAUGAGUCAACAGUGUGCCCUUGUUGCCAAGAAGGCCAAUGGCAUUUUGGGAUGUAUAAGUAGGGGCAUUGCCAGCAGAUCGAGGGACGUGAUCAUUCCCCUCUAUUUGACAUUGGUGAGGCCUCAUCUGGAGUACUGUGUCCAGUUUUGGGGCCCACACUACAAGAAGGAUGUGGAAAAAUUGGAAAGAGUCCAGCGGAGGGCAACAAAAAUGAUUAGGGGACUGGAACACAUGACUUAUGAGGAGAGGCUGAGGGAACUGGGGAUGUUUAGUCUACGGAAGAGAAGAAUGAGGGGGGAUUUGAUAGCUGCUUUCAGCUACCUGAAAGGGGGUUCCAAAGAGGAUGGCUCUAGACUGUUCUCAGUGGUAGCAGAUGACAGAACAAGGAGUAAUGGUCUCAAGUUGCAGUGGGGGAGAUUUAGGUUGGAUAUUAGGAAAAACUUUUUCACUAGGAGGGUGGUGAAACACUGGAAUGCGUUACCUAGGGAGGUGGUGGAAUCUCCUUCCUUAGAAGUUUUUAAGGUAAGGCUUGACAAAGCCCUGGCUGGGAUGAUUUAAAUGGGGAUCGGUCCUGCUUUGAGCAGGGGGUUGGACUAGAUGACCUCCUGAGGUCCCUUCCAACCCUGAUAUUCUAUGAUUCUAUGAUUCUAAGUAUAGGAUUGUUUAGAGUUCCAUGGUUAGGUUGGCGUUUUGCCAGAUGACCAUGCUGUGCCAUUUUAAAAAUCACUAUAGUGAAAAUUUGCACCCCUGAAAUCAGUAGAGGCUGAGCACCAUUAAACUAAAUUAACUGAUCAAAUAUCUGCAAUCAUUGCAGGUUCUUCCGAUACUUAGAUUAGGUGAUAUUGUAGUUGGUGAGUGGCAAAUGUUGAGUUUUCUAAUGGUGCUUACUGACUAUCUAGGAUAAGUAAAUCAGGGACUCAUUACAGUGACGUAAGAGAAACAUUAUCCCAUACAAUAAUGCUGCUAGCACCUGUGGAAAUAAUACAGCCUUUUGUGCUCUUACUUUCAAAACUGACUUUAAAUACCCCUGCAGAACACUGACCUCAUGGAUUCAAUAUAAAUAUAUGCAGAAAUAUUUUCCACAAUAUCCUAUCUACUUCAGUACAUGUGCAGGCUGUUUUAAAACUGAGCAAUCUCUUUUUAAAUAAGAUAGGAGUGACCAAAAGAAAGUUCUUGGCCAAAUAAGACCAAAUAAGCACUUAUAAAGUGCUUUACCUUUUCAGAACACUGUACAAAUCUGAGUGAAUUAAUUCCGCACCUUUAACAUGGAGCGGUGGCCCCGGCAAACUACAGGUUGAUUUGGUAGAGCACAUGCCAGGGUAUAGACUCAGCAGUCUACUUCAUUUUAUGGACAUUAGGAGCCAUUCUCAGACUUCUUGAAAAUUGCCCAAAUAGCCCUUCAAUGGUCCAAGAUUGGACACCGCUCCCCUAAGUCUUGGGCAACAUUUGCACUGUGCUCCUGCAGACUGAUUCAGCUCCUCCUCCGUAAUCAGGGUGUAAUACAGAUGGAAUUUUUUUGCUUUUGAUAUUUAUUUGUAAAUGGUGAUUUAGCACUGUUCUGUGAAGAGAGCAUCUAUAGUAUCUUGUGCCAUGACGGGACAGCAACCAGAUUUUAAUUUUUAAACAAACAGAACACUAUUAUAAAAAUAGAGUGAGAUCUAAACAUAGCAUAAUACUUUAGUUUUGAAAAUUAACAAGCUUUUGCACCUGAGAUAGUUGGUGUUGAUAGGCUGUGUGAAAUGCAUAUGCUCAUGUUUUUAAUUGUGCUAAUAGAAUGUACAUUAUUGCCAAUUUACUGAAAGUUACAGCUCAAACACUGUUGUAAAAUAUGAAAUUAUAUUUUGAUCCAAAAUAUUUUUGUGAUACAGGUGGAAAUCUGCUGUUUUUGUUUCCUGGGGCAGGCUGUAAAGAAUGAAUGCUAAUAGAAAGUAUUUUCAAAAUGUA